AUGGGAUCGUUGCGAUUUGAUGAUGCACAAACACGUGCCCAAAGAAGAAAUGAUGAUAAAGCUGCUGCUAUUUCCGAAAUAUUUUACAAAAUCAUUUCAAAUAGCCAGGCAGCUUACAGCCCAUCUGAGUUUGUAACAGUAGAUGAGAUGUUGGUUCCCUUCCGAGGGCGUUGUGCAUUCCGAGUCUACAUGCCUAAAAAACCUGAAAAAUAUGGCAUAAAGGUGAUGUGUCUGACAGACGCCAAGACGUCAUAUCUAGUGAAUGCCUACAUCUAUACUGGUAAAAACAGCGAUGGCGAAGGAUUGAGUGAAAAGGAACAAGAGAUGCCGGUAGCUGUUCAAUCUCUUACAAGAUUAUGUAAAGUUAUUGAAGGCAGCAAACGCAAUGUUACCGCCGAUAAUUGGUUUACCUCGUUGGAUGGUGUGGAGCAACUUGGAAAAAUGAAACUGACAUACGUGGGCACUGUCAGAAAGGACAAAAGAACUAUCCCUGAAGAGUUUCAAGCCUGUCGAAGACGGCCUGUUGCCUCUACACUGUAUGGCUUUCGAGGAGAAAUGACACUCUUAUCUUUUGUGCCAAAACAGAACAGAUCAGUUUGUCUCAUAUCUACGUUUCACCAUUCCAUUGAAACAAAUCAGAACAAGAGGAAACCUGAGGUGAUUAGUUUCUACAAUGAAACAAAGUCAGGGGUAGAUGUACUGGACAUGAAGUGUGCAGUGUUUACUUCCAGCCGAAAAACUAGAAGAUGGCCGCUUGCAAUGUUUUAUCGCCUAGUGAACAUUGCCAAUGUCAACAGUUUCAUUGUGUAUAUGAGCUACUCCGGCACUCAGAUGACAACCAGAUUUGAGUUCACAAAGCGUUUAGCCCAUGAGCUGAUUGUUCCGCAUCUUCAGAAGAGGCUUGAAAGUGGGGUAAAUCUUCCACGGGACUUGACUGUUGACAUCAAGAAGAUCCUCGGUGAUAAUCCAGAUCCUCUACCAGCUGCAGGUGCUCUUACCGACCGAUUGGAGAAGCGGAAAACCUGUGGGAAAUGUCCGCCAAGCAGUGACAGGAAGACACAACACAAGUGCUUCAGAUGCAAUGCGCCAAUCUGCGGUAGCUGUCAAAUCCGGUCCUGCUUUGAAUGUGCCGCUUUGUGA